GGUGGAUUCUGGGUAGGGCACUUUGAAGACGGCCAUAUUGGCUGUUCGUCCUGGCUGAAGGAGAGAGAUGAAGGGGAUCCGGGGAUUCAGUCAGCUCUCGACAAGGCUUUACGCAGCCCAGGCUGCCCGUAAGGUGGAACUGACAGGGUUUCAGCCACAGGAUGUGCAGGUAAGCAAGCUGCCCAGCGGACUGGUGAUCGCGUCCUUGGAGAACUACUCCCCAGCCUCUAAAAUUAGUGUCUUUGUCAAAGCCGGAUGUCGCUAUGAAACCCCCGACAACCAGGGUGUAACCCACUUCCUCAGGCUGGCCUCCAACCUGACAACCAAAGGAGCAUCAGCGUUUAAAAUCUGCCGUGGUAUUGAGGCCGUGGGAGGCAGCCUGAGUGUGACUUCAUCCCGGGAGAAUAUGAUGUACACAGUCGACUGUUUGAGAGAUGACUUUGACACAGUGAUGGAGUUUCUGAUAAAUGUGACAACAGCUCCUGAGUUCAGACCAUGGGAGGUAUCUGAGCUUACACCGAGGGUGAAGUUGGACAAAGCACAUGCUUCACAGAACCCCCAAAUAGGUGUGGUUGAAGGUCUUCAUGGAGCAGCAUAUAAGAAUGCUCUGUGUAACUCGUUGUACUGUCCAGACCACAUGGUGGAUAACAUCCAGUCUGAACAUCUUCAUCAGUUUGUCCAGAACAAUUUCACCAGUGCAAGAAUGGCUCUUGUGGGACUUGGUGUUGAUCACUCUGUGCUGAAGCAGGUUGGGGAGCAGUUCCUCAACAUCCGCGGUGGAGCAGGAGCCACGGGGGCCAAAGCGCAGUACCGUGGGGGAGAGUUUCGUCAUCAGAGCCUCGACAGUCUGGUCCAUUCUGCUGUGGUGAGCCAGUCGGCACCAGCUGGUACCAGCGAGGCUCUGGCCUUCAGUGUGCUGCAACAUUUACUGGGAGCUGGUCCACAUGUUAAGAGGGGCUCCAGCGUCUCCAGCAAAUUGAUCCAGGGGGUUGCCAAGGCAACCACAGACCCCUUCGAUGUGAGCGCUUUCAAUGCCAGCUACUCUGACUGUGGUCUGUUUGGGAUCUACACCAUCUCCCAGACUGCAGCAGCUGGUGACGUGAUCAAGGCUGCCCUCGCUCAGGUGAAAUCUGUUGCUGAUGGAGGAAUCACAGCUGCUGAACUAACUCGAGCCAAGGCUCAGCUUAGGGGUCAGUUUCUCAUGUCUCUGGAAACCUGGGAGGGUCUGCUGGAGGCCAUGGGCUCCCAGGCUCUGGCUGAUGGAACCUACCACUCUCCAGAGGAAAUCUCCAAAAACAUCGACAACGUGUCCCUGACGGAUGUUGCAAAUGCUGCCAAGAAAUUUGUGACUGGCAAGAAGACGAUGGCAUCCUCCGGCAACCUCAUAAAAACUCCCUUCGUAGAUGAAAUUUGAAAAUCUUCUACUGGACAUUUCAAAUGACAUCAAAUGUCUUCUAAU